GGACUUCCGGCGGCGCCGUAUUUUUUUUCCGGUUGUUGGCUCCUGCCGGCCCCUCCCGUACUGGGCCCUGUGCCCCCCCCGCCCCCCGCGGCCCCGCGCCGCCGCCGCCGCCGGGCCCGCCGCCACCAUGAAGAAAUUCUUCCAAGAGAUCAAGGCCGACAUCAAGUUCAAGAGCGCGGGGCCCGGUCAGAAGCUCACGGAGUCGGUGGGGGAGAAGGCCCCCAAGGAAAAGCCCAGCCAGCAGGCGCUCCGGCAGCCCCGCCAGGGACCCACCGAUGAGGCGCAGAUGGCGGCGGCGGCGGCCCUGGCCCGGCUCGAGCAGAAGCAGCCCAGGGCGCGAGGCCCCACGUCGCAAGACUCCAUCCGGAACCAGGUGAGAAAGGAACUGCAAGCUGAAGCGACUGUCAGUGGGAGCCCAGCGGCCCCAGGGACCAACCCGGUGCCCGAGCCCAGAGAGGAGGGCUCGACCCACCUGGCGGUGCCCGGAGUGUACUUCACCUGCCCGCUCACAGGGGCCAUCCUGAGGAAGGACCAGCGGGACGCCCGCAUCAGAGAGGCCAUUCUCUCGCACUUUUCCACCGACCCAGUGGCCGCCUCCAUCAUGAAGAUCCACACGUUCAACAAGGACCGGGAGCGGGUGAAGCUGGGAGUGGACACCAUCGCCAGGUACCUGGACAACAUCCACCUGCAUCCUGAGGAGGAGAAGUACCGGAAAAUCAAGCUGCAGAACAAGGUGUUCCAGGAGCGCAUUAACUGCCUGGAAGGGACCCACGAGUUUUUUGAGGCCAUCGGCUUCCAGAAGGUGCUGCUUCCGGUCCCCGACCAGGAGAGCCCUGAGGAGUUCUACGUGCUGGGCGAGGCCGCCCUGGCGCAGCCUCAGAGCCUGGAGCGGCACAAGGAGCAGCUGCUGCACGCGGAGCCCGUGCGGGCCGCGCUGGCCCGCCAGCGCCGGGUCUUCCGGGCCUCGCCCCUGGCCUCGCAGUUCGAGCUGCCCGCGGACUUCUUCAACCUCACGGCCGAGGAGAUCAAGCGGGAGCAGCGGCUGCGGGCGGAGGCGGUGGAGCGGCUGAGCGUGCUGCGCACCAAGGCCAUGCGCGAGCGGGAGGAGCAGCGCGAGAUGCGCAAGUACACGUACACGCUGCUGCGCGUGCGCCUCCCCGACGGCUGCCUCCUCCAGGGGACCUUCUACGCCCGGGAGCGGGUGGCGGCACUGUACGCGUUUGUCCGGGAGGCCCUGCAGAGCGACUGGCUGCCUUUUGAGCUGCUGGCCUCGGGAGGGCAGAAACUGUCGGAGGACGAGAACCUGGCCUUCAAUGAGUGCGGGCUGGUGCCCUCAGCCCUCCUGACCUUCUCGUGGGAUGCAGCCGUGCUAGAGGACAUCAGGGCCGCGGGGGCCCAGCCAGACUCGUCUACCCUGAAACCCGAGCUCCUGUCGGCCAUCGAGAAGCUCUAGUGAAAUAAAAGCAGGGCUGGCUGCAGCCCCCGUG